GUACCAUCAGGUGGCAUGUUUGUAUUUCCGUCUGAAUGAGAGAAAAUGUUUUGGCAUGUAAACAGUGUAAAGCACCUGCAAAAGUGCACGAAGAUUAAAUGUUCUCGUUAGGAUGAGAAGACGAAAGAAGACGAGGUCUUUGCUGGGCAUCAUCUUGGAGAAAACUCUCAAUAUUGUCAAACAAUGCGAGAACUUGACAAAUGAAGCCAUCAUACUGUGUGCAGCAGGUGUUGUUUUUGUGUUUGUGUUCGCGUUUGCCAUAUGGAGGAUAACUCUGUCUGAUCCCUGUGAUGGAAGUAAUAUAUACCACAGUCUGUGUCAACAGUACCAAGCUGGUGAGAUUGCAGGCAGAUUAUGUUACACCAUGUGCCUGGAGCAAGAAGACUUAUUUUCAUAUUGCCUGGACGAUGAUGGUAACACAAAGACAUUCCUGUAUGACCAGUCUAUAGUCCGAGUGAACUACACCCUUAUCAGCCAUGGUGACCCUGACCUGAGUUUGCAGGAGGGGACCACAGUACUGGAGCUGAGAGAGAGAAUGAACGUCUAUCUGCUGCAGACUCAAGGACAUUCCAGUAUCGAUCUCCUCCUUAGACUUCUAGAGUUCUCCGAUUUCAACCACGAUGAAAAAAUCAGUUUGGGUGAAGCUCAAUCGAUCUGGCAACUGAUCCACAUUCCUGAGUUCCUGUAUUACUUCAUCUUUCAAAAGAGUCUCGUCUUCCCGCACCUGAACGCAACCUGUGGAAGUAUGUACGCAUUCCAGUACACGCCGCACAUCAAUCUCUUCGACAAGACCAAGACGUCCUGGUUCAAGAAAGUAUUCACCAACUCCUACAAGUGGAACCUUCCUGCUUGGCCACGAAGGGCUAAACUCUCCGUCGGUCUCCUAGAAUUCGUGAUGGACAUAUAUGAAGAAUACGACAACCGGUACCUCAUGUGCGACAUCGGCCCCGACCAAUUCGGUUACACCAAGAACCAUGAUCUGCUGGUAGCCGAUGUGAGCGGUAUCGUCUCCAUGAAGAAAGUAGAGUGGUAUUUGAGAAAUUUGACUUGCGGUUCUGAUUCUCAGUGUAUGUAUUCCAAGCAAUGUUUCUCUCAGUGCGACGUUGAUGCGGGGCAGUGUAGUGGGAAGGUUGUUCGACCAGGCCUGUGGUUUGUGUGCGACAUGCUCCAGGACUACAUUCUGUUCGAUGCUCCACGCUAUCUGUACUUUGACCUGAAGCGACUUCUCAACAGGUGUGCCAGUCUCGAUGCCCGGCGCGAUGGUAUUGACAUAGAGCAUGCCAUACUGCAAGAAGAUUUCAAAUCAGUCUUGUGGAAUGAGAUAGUGAAUAGUCCUCUAAUAUAGUAGCAUUUGUUGGGUGCGAUUUGAAACUUUGACUUGAAGAGACUUCUCAAUGCUGUGCCAAUCUCGAUGCCCGGCACGAUGGUAUUGACAUAGAGCAUGCCAUACUGCAAGAAGAUCUCAAAUCGGUCCUGUGGAAUGAGGUAGUGAUACAGAUUCUAAAACGUUUACUUCAUGGCAACGCCAUACAAACUGAGUUUAACAUCAUUAAAGAUUGAGACUAGACUUUAUAUGUUUCAUAAGCAUGGGCUCUUAGUAAAUUAGAGUUUUUCUCAGUGUGUUAUUUGUUGUAAUGAUUUGUAGAGAUGUGAUUUUGCUUUAUAGCAUACUGCAAUUACAAGUGUCUCAAAUUCUGUACUGCCAUAUGUGACAAAAUAAUUUAAUUAUAGGCAUUCUCAUGUACAAUUGGUUAUCUGCUACAAAUCAUUACAACAAAUUGCAUCAUAUCUGAUCAAAACCAACAUUCAUAGCUGUAAGUGUUUUCAAUGGAAACCACCCAAUUAAAAACAUAUGAUAGCAUUUUAUCAGCAAAAUACUGACAUCCUCAGGAAUAGAGAGCUAUAAUCAAUUAACAAUCGAUCAUUUGAGUAUGUGGAGGUUUCCAAAGAAACAAAUUUGUUGUGAGUUAUGUCCCCUAUAAUCCUGAUUACUAUCAUACCAUACUGCAUCUCCAGACACAGUUUGUUGUCGGUUAUGGCCCCCAUAAUCCUGGUUACUACCAUACCAUACUGUAUCUCCAGACACAGUUUGUUGUCGGUUAUGGCCCCCAUAAUCCUGAUUACUACCAUACCAUACUGCAUCUCCAGACACAGUUUGUCGGUUAUGGCCCCCAUAAUCCUGGUUACUACCAUACUGUAUCUCCAGACACAGUUUGUUGUGAGUUAUGGCCCCUAUAAUCCUGGUUACUACCAUACCAUACUGUAUCUCCAGACACAGUUUGUUGUCAGUUAUGGCCCCCAUAAUCCUGGUUACUACCAUACCAUACUGUAUCUCCAGACACAGUUUGUUGUGAGUUAUGGCCCCUAUAAUCCUGGUUACUACCAUACCAUACUGUAUCUCCAGACAGUUUGUUGUCAGUUAUGGCCCCCAUAAUCCUGGUUACUACCAUACUAUACUGUAUCUGCAGACACAGUUUGUUCUCAGUUAUGGCCCCCAUAAUCCUGGUUACUACCAUACCAUACUGUAUCUGUAGACACGGUUUGUUGUCAGUUAUGGCCCCCAUAAUCCUGGUUACUACCAUACCAUACUGUAUCUGUAGACAUGAUUUGUUGUCAGUUAUGGCCCCCAUAAUCCUGGUUACUACCAUACCAUACUGUAUCUGUAGACACGGUUUGUUGUCAGUUAUGGCCCCCAUAAUCCUGGUUACUACCAUACCAUACUGUAUCUGUAGACACAGUUUGUUGUGAGUUAUGGCCCCCAUAAUCCUGGUUACUACCAUACUGUAUCUCCAGACACAGUUUGUUGUGAGUUAUGGCCCCUAUAAUCCUGGUUACUACCAUACCAUACUGUAUCUCCAGACACAGUUUGUUGUCAGUUAUGGCCCCCAUAAUCCUGGUUACUACCAUACUAUACUGUAUCUGCAGACACAGUUUGUUCUCAGUUAUGGCCCCCAUAAUCCUGGUUACUACCAUACCAUACUGUAUCUGUAGACACAGUUUGUUGUCAGUUAUGGCCCCCAUAAUCCUGGUUACUGCCAUACCAUACUGUAUCUGUAGACACGGUUUGUUGUGAGUUAUGGCCCCCAUAAUCCUGGUUACUACCAUACCAUACUGUAUCUGUAGACAGUUUGUUGUCAGUUAUGGCCCCCAUAAUCCUGGUUACUACCAUACCAUACUGUAUCUGUAGACACAGUUUGUUGUCAGUUAUGGCCCCCAUAAUCCUGGGGUUCAUUUGUUUUUGUAAAUCUUUGUAGAUUGUAUAACGUAUGUGUAAUCUGACUCAUGAAUGGAAGCAUUAUAUGAAUGAAAGUGAAGUUCCGUUCAUGGCAAGCAACCAACCAAACGUCGUGAU